AUGCUAGAGGUGUUUAUUACCAUCGUCCCUUCGAUAUGCUGGCUACUAUACCACUUUUAUACCAUAUUGCAAACGCCAGUGGAAAAUAUUAUUGAAGAUUUGAACAUCGAGAUACCACAUAUACCGACCAUCUGCAUUGAUUCCAUAAAUGAGUCCUCGAUUGUGAUUCAUUGGGAUAUUGAAGUGAAAAGUGAAGAGAACUUGUAUUAUAUUGUUUUGAUUAAUGGCCAAGAAGUUGCCACUUUAACGUCAACAUCGUGCAAGUUGAACAAUUUAGAGCCCAAGCAAGUUUAUACAGUCGAGGUGAUUGCCAGUAAUACAAUAACAAAUUUUAAAUCCAAAUCGAGGGCUAUUCACGUGGAAACUUUAAACAAAGAUGAUGUCAAGGAUUUUGUAGAAAACACCGAUCUUUUGGAACCUAUGUCUUUGUCAAAGGAGGAAAAUUUGAAUGCGAUAACGAUUGAGCAAAUCAAAGAUAUUGAUGACCCCGAGUUGGUGAACAGCUACUUGACCAAAGCUCAAAACGAGCUUUCCAAGUGCAACUCAGAAUACAAAAGUUUCCAAGCAUCUAUUAGUGAGGAGCAGAGGUCCUUACAAGAGGAAUUGAAUUUUUAUAAAUCAGAAUACGAAGAGGAGACAGAAACAAAGAAUAAAAAAGACCAUGAUGUAAAGUCAUUGGAGAAUGUUAAGAAUACCCUUUCAUUCAAAAAGUCAAAAUUGAUGUCGCAACUAAACAAUUUGAAGAACUCGUUGGCGAUAUAUAAUACAAAGUUUCAAGAAAAUGAUGCAAAGAUUAAUAAAUUGAAAGAAAGAAACCUGCAUUUGAGUGAGCUUGAGGAGCAGGCCCGGGCCAAAAUUAAUGUACAGAUUGAGAAAUUGCAACGAAGUUUGAAUCAUGAUAAACAGCAAUACGAAAGCAUGGAAGAGUCUUUGAAAAGUUUGACAGUGGAGAAAAAGGACACUGUUAUGUUGAUGAACAAGCUCAAGCCACUUUUGGAUCAAUUUAAUAAUUUGCCAACGGCCGAACACUCCACGUCACCAAGCCCUGGCCCAAAUUGCUCCUCAACUUCACUUCAUCUGUUAAGUACAUCUAUAUUCAACAAGGAUGGGUCUCUCACCAAGAAUGCAUUCGACGCAUUAUUGAAAAUCUUUCAAUUGAUACCAUCAUGGCAAGACGAAAUAAUGCUGGAAAUCAACAAUUACCAGGAGAUUGAAAAUCAGUGGAAAUCAGCGUUCAAAGCGGAAGUGACAAAUUUUGUUGCCGUCCAUCAAGCAUUAGAGAUUGCCAAGUUGAACAAGGACGACAGCUAUCAGCCAGUCAAAUUGAACGAGUAUCAAGCAUCGAUCGAGUUUGGUGGAUACGGAAAUGCAUUGCCGAAACCCAAGUUCCCCAGUCAUGGAAAAAAUCUAUCAGAGAGCAAGAGAGCCAUCGAGGAGAUUGACACUUUUCAUAACUAUUACGGUCAAGUUUACACCAACGAGAAUCAAGCACCUUCCAAACAACCAACUUCCUUCACUCAGGACAAUCAUUACGACGAGCUGUACUUGCCACCAUCACACGUUGCUCCAAUUUCCGAAUAUCAACAUAAUAGUGGUGACCAGUCUUAUAUCAGUUUGAAACAAAUCAAUGCUAUGGCACGAGGCGUGGACAUGACCUCACCAUUACAAUCUGAAUUUAACGAUCCUACCUUGAAUGAGCCUUUCAACGGAGGAUUGCCUGUUUUUAACGAGCCUAGCAUGGUGGCAUCUCCUCCAGCUCCAAAUUCAUCAUUGUACAGUAGCCUAGCACCUCCAUUGCAACAAAGCUUGGAAUCUAGAUUCUACAAUCCAAGCCAUUCAACAUCAUUAUCGGAGGUGUGGAACCCACAACAAGCGACAACAACAGCAACCGGCUCCACCUUGAAUGACUUUGUUCAACCCACCACAGGGCGUGCGCAGAAUGGAUUUUUAGUCUCGCCAUCACAAAACAUCUGGCAUAACGAAAGAGGUGCUGCUGCCGCUGCUGGCCUUGGAGCAACUGGAUUAUCUAGCAACUCGCCAAUAUGGAGGAAUGAACUUUACGCUAAUCAUAAUCAGCACUCAACUUCGCCCCAACCAAGAGAAUUUCAACCGUUUGGAGACCACAUUAAUUUGCUAAACUCGGGAAGUCAAUCUUUGGCCCUGCUUCAACCAACAAAUUCAAACAAACACAAUUCCUCUGAAGAUCUUGUUACGUUCAACUUUAAGCAUGAGUAG